AGCAGGAUAGACGUGAUUACACGCGACUACGUGCCGCCAAAGACACAGAAGCGGUCAAGAUCUCAACCGAACCGUGAUACUCGUGACAGAUUCAUUACGGCGCGCGACAUGACGGAAGAAGUGACUGCGACACUGGACAUGAUGUCCUUGAACCCUCAAUCGGCAUCUCCGGGGCACACUGCACGUCUCGCAGCAGCCACAGGAGUCCCGAUCAACCGCCGCGUACUCGCCUACCAUGAGCCACCGCCACCUUCGUCCUCCGACCCGCUACUCGCUCAAGCUCGCGAGCUCGUGCGUCCACUCUACGCGCGUCCAGGUGCCCUCCCGACGUCCACCUCGUCUUCUACAAGCAAAGGCCGCAAGAUCCCGACCGCGCCAGAGCGCGUGCUGGACGCGCCCGGAAUGCUGGACGACUUCUACCUGAACAUCGUCGCGUGGAGCGCACAGAAUACACUGGCCGUCGCGCUCGCGGAGAACACGUACUUCUGGCGCGCGGACAGCGGCGACGUCGUGCACGUGGGCGAGAUGCCCGAAGGCACG